AUGGCUUCAUUAUCUGGAUCAAAUUCUGCCAUGCCAAUUCUCAAUGGUGGGAACAAUUAUAAGAAAUGGCGUAGAGAUAUAGAAUUGCUUUUGACACUGAAUGAGUAUGACAUUGCUCUUGACACUCCAAGACUUGAGGCAUUGACUGACAAGAGCACAAAGGCAGAUUUUGAGAGAUGGACUAGAGCUAAUAAAGUGGCUCUAUCCAUUCUUGAAAUUGGCAUGACAAAUAUAGUGGGUGGUGGAAUCAAGAAAUGCAAUCUAGCAAAGGAUUAUCUCAAGGUUGUGGAGAUUAAGUUCAAAGAAUCAGAUAAGGUUGAAAUUGCUCAGCAUAUGUCACUCUUGACUUCCUACAAGUUUGAGGGUGGAAGCUUAAUUCGAGAUCACAUCAUAAAGAUGACUGAUGCAGCUGAAAAACUUAGUUCCAUGGAUGUUAUCAUUGGAGAAAAGUUGUUGGUGUUCAUGAUACUACAGGCAUUGCCACAUAAGUUUAGUUAG